CAUGAUUCGACUAUUGGUAAUUUUAAAGCCUUGUCUCUUACACUGUACCAAAACCAGUCCCACUUGAUGGAAUUUUGCUCUUUCUAACAUAAUAUGAUGUUAUAACGUUGGGCAUCCCUUAUUGGGCUUUGUAACAACUUUCUAGUUGCUUUCUGUCAUUUGGAUUUGUGACAACAUAUUUCCCCAAUGACUACUACAAGAACAAAAGGAAAUGAAGAAAGUGGUAUACAGUAGUCUCUGCCACAGAUCCCUGUGCUUCGGAGCAAGGUAAGUGCGGGAUCGUGGGCCAAUGUGGUACUUCAGAGAAGUAUUUUAGUGUUGACUUUUGUGUAGUUAUAAUUUUGCUUUCUUGAAACAGCGGGAUCAUAAGUGAACCGAGAUUGUAAGUGGUGGAUCUUAUCCAAAGACAAUUGUGUACUGACAUCUUUUCUUUUCUCCAUUUCAUGUUCAGGUUGUUGAGCAGCUCCAAGUCGGACUCUGAGGCUCAUUCUCACGGGCCAGCGGUGUCCGAGGUUUCGUCUUUUGUCAGCGAGAAGGCAAGAGGCAAAGAGUAUGCCCCUCCUGAUAUGCUCGUAUCCAGCGCGGCUGCACCAGCCCCACCUCCUCCUCCUCCUCCUCCUCCUCCUCCUCCCCCACCCCCACCCCCACCCUAUUUUAUGCCUGUGAUUCGAAGAUUGAAGACAGAUGUUCAGACAAAGGAUCAGGUCAUGAAGAAAAUGAGGGCGGUCGGCGGGACUCUGUUGCCUGAGAUCACUGUUGAGGCUCUGAGGAGCGUGAAGCUCAAGAGGACAGGCGGCCCCGACCUGAGGUCAAGAAUCAACGAGGACGGAAACCUCUCUGCCAAGCCGCUUGCGCCCAGCAAUCAGCCUGUAGUCACUCUGGCAGCGCUACAGCGUGUGUCGCUGAGGAAAACAUCGCACGUCGUCAAGAGUCAUGGUGACUGCGUUGAAGAUGACGUGAGUCGGAAGGAGAAGGAGAACUCUGGUGACAGUACCAUGAUCGACAUCCGCAAAGUUCUCAAACGAACAACCCUACAAAGGAGUCCUGGAGGUACUCCCAUGACAAGCAAGAGGACCAGAUGUUAGUCCGGACAGGGGUACAAGGGAACAAAUGCUUCAUUGUCAUAGAUUUCUGACCCAAGCCUAAUGGAGCAUCCCAGCCUUUAUAGACUGGACGAAACGGACAACUGGACUCCCAAACUGGCCGUACCGAUGACGCACAGAGGUAUUGCUUACCUGUCUGCUGGACGUACAAACGACACAGAGACAUCGAUUACCGGUCUACUGGCAGUAGGAGUUAUACAGAGACAUGGCUUACCGGUCUACUGGCAGUAGGAGUGAUACAGAGACACUGCUUACUGGUCUACUGGCUGUAGGAGUGAUACAGAGACAUCGCUUACUGGUCUACUGGCAGUAGAAGUGAUACAGAGACACCUAUCAGCUGUCUGCUGGUAGUAGGAGUGAUACAGAGACAUCGCUUACCGGUCUACUGGUAGUAGGAGUGAUACAGAGACAUCUAUCUGUCUGCCGGCAGAAGAAGUGAUACAGAGACAUCUAUUAGCUGUCUGCUGGCAGUAGGAGUGAUACAGAGACAUCGCUUACUGGUCUACUGGCAGUAGGAGUGAUACAGAGACAUCGCUUACUGGUCUACUGGCAGUAGGAGUGAUACAGAGACAUCGCUUACCGGUUUACUGGCAGUAGGAGUGAUACAGAGACAUCUAUCUGUCUGCUGGCAGUAGGAGUGAUACAGAGACAUCUAUUAGCUGUCUGCUGGCAGAAGUGAUUCUAAGACAUCUAUUAUUAGCUGUCUACUGGCAGCAAGUGUGAUGCAAUAGGGAUAUUUAUGAGCUGUGUACUGGCGGUAGGAGCUAUUCAAAGACAUCUAUUACCUGUCUGCUGGAAAUAAGAGUGAUAAAGAGACAUCUAUUAGCUGUCUGCUGGCAGGAGUGAUUCAAAGACAUCUAUUACAUAGCUGUCUACUGGCUUAGGAGUAAUUCAGAGACAACUAUUAGCUGUCUACUGGCUUUAGGAGUGAUUCAAAGACAUCUGUUAGCUGUGUACAGGCAGCAGGGGUGAUUCAAAGACAUCUAUUAGCUGUGUACAGGCAGUAGGGGUGAUUCAAAGACAUCUAUUAGCUGUGUACAGGCAGUAGGAGUGAUUCAAAGACAUCUAUUAGCUGUGUACAGGCAGUAGGAGUGAUUCAAAGACAUCUAUUAGCUGUGUACAGGCAGUAGGGGUGAUUCAAAGACAUCUAUUAGCUGCCUACUGUCAAUAGGAGUGAAACAGAGACAUCUAUUAGCUGUGUACUGGCAGUAGGAGUGAUACAGAGAUAUCAUUUACAGGUCUAUUGAUCGUACAAGCGACACACAAAGAAUCACAUCCCGUCUUGGUCUAGAACUAGGUUUCAGUGUUGAUUCACUUCUUUCCAAUGGAUGUUGGUCUGCGCAUCUGUGGAUGUGGGCGUUGUUGUAGAUGAUAUUGAUACCCCUCUCUGAGCAGAAGGCUGGAAGUUGCCACUUGCGGGUCCCGCUUUUUGUCUUUCACUCUGUGUUUUGUUCUGUUUAUUUAUUUUGUCUGUCCCUUGCCAUAAAUUACGAUUAUUUAUUGUGCCAAUGUGUUUUUCUUUGCUUUAAUAAAUUUCAUGUGUAUUUGAA